AAGGCAGACGUCUUCGGGCCGACUGACACUGGAUGGAUUUCUGGCUGUUCUCGAAGGAACGACUCACUCAUACGGACUUUCCUUUGAGGCAGCACCUGACUUGUGUACAUAGCUAGACAAACAGACAUAUGAACCAGGACAUUUUGCAAAGAAACGUAUCAUUUCAGGCUAUCUCUGAUCGCAACAAUGUCAGUCAGGCAGGAAGGCAAGCCGGCAGACAGACAGACAGACAGACAGACAUGGAUCAAAUCAAACGGAUCUUAGUUCUGUGUAAGCCAUGAUUUCAGAUUUCCCUUGAAGGCAACACGAGUCAAAGGGAAUUAACUGGUUUGUCAGGCCUUUUGUUUGGGUUUUUUCGACUAUUUUGAAACUAUGAGCAUGUGAGGCUGAUUGCGCCACUUUGCUUUUGGACUUUGGUGUUGAAACAAUAAGCUAAACAGAAGUUGCCAUGCGUCUUUGCAAGCAUGCUGAAGCUUGUCGGUGGCAUUUACACUGCAGGCCAAAGCUAAGCACAUGUACUCACCGCAGCUGCAGACAUGUCCGACUCACCUCUCACCUGCGUCAAAGUGGAUGAGGAGAUGUCGCUCAACACGGUCCCGGGCUCGGCGGGCCCCCGCAAAAGCCGAAGGUGGGCGCCGCGGAAGAACGGCAUCUGCGACGACAAGUAUCACAGGCGGCUGGCCGUUUGGAGCAUCGUCUGCGGGGUCUCCUGCAUCGGAAUCCAAGCGCUCAUCAACUCGGUCAAAGCCGAGAUGGAGCCGAAACAAGAGUCGGCGGCCAGGCUUUCGCGGCGUGCCAGAAGGCUGGGCAUCAUCUCCAUCGUGGCGUUGAUCUGCAUUCUGAUCCUGAUACCGGUGCUCAUGGCGCUUUUCUCCUACUUGGUCACGCUGAAAAACUGAGAGGCAACGGUGGGACACGUUUAUAAAAUGAUAUUUAUUUAUUUCUCAUGACGCUUGAAAAUCUACACGUAUAAAACCAAGUACACAACAUUUACACAUGACAAAUGCUCAACACAAUAUGUAAUAGCAAAGCUUGUAGAAAAGUUCAUAAAUUAGCCACCACGGUAAGGAAACAAGCGGCAUUAUUGCAUUCUUCCUUUGACACUUUCCGUACAGACGUAAUAAAUGCUUUCAAAGAAA